UGCUCUAGUGAUCGCGGAUAGUAUAGUGUGAGCAGUAAACAGAUGUGUAGUGGCUGUCGUACUAAAAGGGUGUCUUGCAGAUCGGAGCGUGUUUUUGGAUUGUACCUUGCGAGUAGAUAUAGUGAUUGAUUUUUUUAUCAAGCUCUUGAAGGAGAGGAAUUAUCAAAAUCAUGGGUGACCUGAAGAAAAAGCUUUCGUGGGGCGGAAACUUCUGCCGCGGAAUUCUCUGCUUCUUCAACUUCUUCUUCUUGUUAGGAGGCGUCAUUCUUAUGGCUCUUGGUAUCUGGGUUCUGGUUGACAAGGACUCCAAGCAUCUGACCGCCAUCUUGACCGACAACCUCCACCACACCGCGGCCUACAUCCUCCUCAUCGCCGGCGUCUUCGUCAUGAUCGUAUCCAUCUUUGGGUUCUGCGGGGCCAAGAUGGAAAAUAAAUGCUGUCUCGGAAUGUACGUCUUCUUCCUGGUUGUCAUUUUCAUUAUUGAGCUGGCUGCUGGCUGCAUCGCCCUCUAUUUUUACGUCAAGACUGAUGUUGUGAAGGACUUGAACAGGACAUUGACGAACAACUAUGGAGGGGAGGAUGGUGGAGACGUGGCUAUCACAAAUUCCUGGGACUUCAUCCAAUCCUCAUUUGAAUGCUGCGGAGUAAUGGGCAAUGCCUCUUCAGCUGUGACCCUCUAUGAGAAAUCCACGUGGUACAAAAACCAGACUGACUCACCUAAAAAUAUCGUGCCUGCAUCUUGUUGCAUGGACCAAGACAGUCUUGAUGUAUGUCAACAGGCCACAAGCAACUACGCCACGUACAUCUACAACCAGGGUUGUUCUGAAGGCGUGAAGAAUAAAGUUGCACAAUAUGGAACUGUUCUCGGUGGCGUGGGAAUCGUUGUCGCCAUCAUUCAGUUGAUGGGAAUGGCCUGUGCACUGUGCCUCUGCAAGCGUCUAUAAGGACAACAGCUCCCUCUAGAGGCCACUCUACAAUAAUCUAGGUCUUUCUCUUCUCAAGGGAACUUCUGAGAAGCACUAUUUGCAUAAUUCUACCUGGAAUUUAACCUCUAUAUGAAGGCUAUUGAACAUGCCUGAUGAAAAUAAUCUCAUAUAUAAGUAACUUGUCUUCUACACAUCUGUAAAAUAAAUUUUCAGUGAUACUCAAUUGCUGAAUGUGCUUGGAAAAUGCCUGUCUAGAAACUGAAGUUGAUAUCUUAGACCUCGGUGGGACAACAAAUUGUCUUGAAAUGUCAAUUCACUGGCCUUUUUUUAUGAUGAAAAUCUCGCCAAACAAGAUUAUGUCCAUAAAUGAUUGAAAGUUAAAUUAUUGAGUAUACGGGGCAGCCAAUUAUUUUUUUUUUAAUGCUUUAAUUUUUUAUUCAUAAGGUAAUUACCAAUAUUAAUUGAAUUUUAACAAUUUUAUGAUGCGAUUCUCUUCUCCAUUUAAUAAAUUGAAACUUGCCAAGCCCCAAUGCACUGCUGCAACUAAAUUUUCAUGGAUACAAAAAUAUGUUCCAUUUUGAUUUCUGUCAGCAAUUCAAAUGCAAGGCAUCCCUAUUUAUAUCAUAUUUUACCAAAUACAAUUUAGGUCUAGUUUCCUAUCACAUUUCUUUUGUAAAAACAAGUAGAAAGACUUGCCUCCUAACUAUGAAUUUUCCCCUUUUUACCCAAUUCUAGAUAUCUUACAAACUCAGACUAUAAUUCACUUCAUAGCAAUUUAUAUUUUGCAUCAUUUGUAGCUUUUCAAAAUACAUCCGGUUUUGUCACAUCUUCCUUUUAAAAAAUACCAACAAAUUUCUUUUUAUCUUUCUUUUAUUCCAAUUUCCCAUUGGAAUUGCUCCUUUGUUCUCUUUAUUUUUAAAUUUGACCAAUCUGAUAAGAAAUGACAGGCUUUCUGUUUCUAUUGACAUUGGUUACCGUACUAAUUAGUUGGAAUCUGGGAAUUCAUUUUUUUUUUUUGGGGGGGGGGGGGGAGUUUGCCUUUUUAUAUGCUCAAGAGUUGCUGAAAUGUCUUUCUACUUCUGAAUUCUCAGGCUGAAUCUUAGGCUGAUACAACAACUGUUCAGAGCCAAAAGGGCCUUGACUUAUACCCUGUAACACAGGCUUGACAUUGAGUUAACACCCUUCUUUCUCUCAACAAACCAUGUGUUUUAUUUUGUUAUUUAUUUAAGGGGAGGUAAGGUUCAUUUCAAUACUAAUUGUGGCUGAGAAUGCUGAGAAAAACAUUCAUUUUUUUUCAGGAUUUUACUUUUUUCUAUUAAAUUCCAUCCUUCUAUUUUUGUGUAUAUUCAUUAGAUACUUAGCAAUACAAUUCUCUCACUAUUAUGAAUGCCUGUACUUUGCAUGUUAUUUGUAUUUAUAUGAUAAUGGUUAUUUUUAAAGUGUAAAUUGAUCAAUGUAGAAAUUUAGGCUGAAGUGUACUUAUUAUAUUCAUGAAGGGCUAAGGAAAAUAACACUGAAAAGAAAUCAUUGUACGAUUUUGAGAAAAAACGGGUCUGUAUUUAGUACAUGGAAUUUUAUUUUCAAGCUGAAAAUUUGCUGAACAUUUCAUCAAUUUUAAUGUAUAAAAAACAAACAAAAACAAAGAGGAAGAAAAGGUGAAAUUUACAUACAAGCGAUAAGAAAAAUGAUAAGUACGUCCAUCUUUUUACAUAAUCAUUGUAUUCAGAAUUUCAAUUUGUAAUUUUUUUACAUUCGCAUACACGGAGUGAGAUGAACUGCACAAAAUCAUGAGCACCAUACAAGAUAUAUCUCUUUAAAUUAUACAGCAAUAGAAACUGAGUACAUGUACAAUUUUGAUUUGUAGACUUUUAUCAGUCAAAAGAUGACAUGUAUUGCUUUUAAUGGUUCAAUAGUGCAUGAAGCAUUUAGUGCAAAAUAGUAUUUAAUUCUUAGUAAAUCUAGCACCGUCACUUCUUAUGAUUUUAUGCUCGCCAUGAGGUCAUAAUUUUUUCAGUUUCAGGGACUCAAAUAAUUUAUGUCUCUACACUUCAUUAUGUUCAUGUCAUGUAGCAGUACUGAAUAAAACGUGUAGAUUGCAACAACAACAAAAA